GUGCGAAGCGCACGCGUGCGUGUGUGUGUGUGUCAUUCCAAUUCGCCUUUCAUGUUAUGCGCAUCCACAGCGACGUUGAUUAACUGCGGUUUGUGCUACUCAAAUUUGCGCCAAUUCGGUUCUCGUUGUUUGUGUCGCGAAAUUCAAAGCGCCUUUGUGCUGCUGCUCUACAAUUCAUAUAUAUAUAUAUAUAUAUAUAUACUUUCUCCCUGCUUUAUGAACUUUCUGGAGCUUCUUUCAUUGCCCCAUUGACAGAGAGGUUAUUUGCUUUUUUUUUUAUUAAUCCAAGCCGUGCUUCGUGUGAUACGGCACGGUGUGCACUACUCUAUUCUCUUUUUUUUUCUUUGUUCUCUGGAAUUUCCCACCGCCACGUGUAAUCUACGGAGUGCGUAGAGGCCCCAGUGCAGCCUUUCAGAGUACACUGGGCUUUAUUUUGUUGUGGCAAUUUCGUAGACGAGGGAGAUGCAGCCAAGCAGCAGCUCCCCCACUCUUUUAGAGGUACCGGGUGCGGUAUGGCAGGAUGAGACCCGCGUGGACGUCUGCAACGGCCGCCGCUGCCGUCGACGCUUUCAUCGGCUGCUCUGCGCGAAGCACCACUGUCAGUGGUGUGGCCGUGUGUUUUGCGACGCCUGCGCACCGCGUCAGGCCACGCGUCACGGCACGCUGCUGCGCCGCUGCAACAGCUGUCGCCUGCCCAUCAUCUUCAAGCACUUCUGGAAUGCGACGAAACACGCGAUGGACUGCACGCCCUUUGAGUGCAUCCUGGCCUUCUUGGCACCGCACAACAUCACCGCCCUCCUGCAGAGCUGCCACACCAUGCUGGCGGAGUACCCGGUCUGCGGGUACCCCUUCUUCGACUCCAUCCAGGAGCGGUUCCCUUCGUACUACACGGGGGCCCAGAUCGGCCGCGGCUCAUUCGGCACUGUGUACAAGUGUGAAGAUCGACUCGCCAAGGACCGCCGCCGCGUCAUUCUGAAGUGUGUGUUGAAGUCUUCCAAUCUCACCUAUACGCGGUGGUGCAAGGCCGUCACGGAGCUGCGCAUCCUCGCCUCCGUCGAGCACCGCAACGUGGCCCGCUUGCUGGAGGCGUUCCAGACACGAGAGUACGUCGUCAUCGUCAUGGAGGCCGGGGAGGGCGGAACCGUGCGGCAGGGCUACGAGUACGUACGCCAGCACCGGCUGCCGCUCGAAGCUUUCACCGCAAACGUUAUUGAGGGCGUCGCGGCGGGUCUCGACUACCUCUACCGCGAAAAGCACGUCAUCCACCGUGACAUUAAGCUGGACAACAUCGUGCUCAGCGCAGACUACGCCACGCCGAUGAUCAUCGACUUUGGGCUGGCCGAGUACAUCGUGCAGGAGGAGGGUCAGUGGUUUGUAGUGGGCGGCACCCGCAACUACGCCCCGCCCGAGAGCAUCGGUGCCAUCGCGGCGGGCCACCUCGACAUCAAGGAGAGCGGUCUCACGAUGCACAAGGGCGACAUUUUCAGCCUCGGCGUUGUCGCGUACGUCCUUCUCACCGCCCAUCGCCCCUUCCUGAACAAGGGGAAGUUUGACAAGCAGUAUGAGGAGAUGCAGAAGGGUGUCUCCUGCUGCGGGCCCCUGUGGGACGGCACCUCGUCGGCGGCGCAGGCCUUGGUGCAGGCCAUGCUCUCCUUCAACCCGUCGCAGCGGCCGUGCUACGCGGAGAUACAAGUGAACCCUUUUAUCGAGUCCUGCGCCGCCGGCGUGGCAGAGAUCAGGGAGAUGCGGCUUUCUGGUCUCUUGGAGGCGGAAAAGGAAACGCUGGAUCAGUGGGUGAUGCUCGAGCCUUCCGAGAUGCAAGAGGAGGAGAGCGACAUCUUGUCCUUGGCCACGCCGCAGCGGUGGUAUCACGCUUACCUGCCGCGCACCAGCCUUCAUCUUUGGUAA